AUGUCCAAGGUAACGGCGCCCGGGCCCGGGCCGCCGGCGGCGGCAGCGGGCGGGAAGGAGAAGCGCUCCUUCAGCAAGCGGCUGUUCCGGAGCGGCCGCGCGAGCGGCGGCGGCAGCGCUGGGGGCCCCGGGCCGGCCGCGCCCUCCUCGCCCUCGUCGGCGCGCUCGGUGGGUAGCUUCAUGAGCCGCGUCCUCAAGACGCUGUCCACGCUCUCGCACCUUAGCUCCGAGGGCGCCACCCCGGACCGCGGCGGCCUCCGCAGCUGCUUCCCGCCCGGGCCCACGGCCGCGCCCACGCCGCCGCCGUGCCCGCCGCCGCCCGCCUCGCCCGCGCCGCCCGCCUGCGCCGCAGAGCCGGUGCCCGGGGUGGCGGGGCUCCGGAACCACGGCAACACGUGCUUCAUGAACGCCACGCUUCAGUGCCUCAGCAACACCGAGCUCUUCGCCGAGUACCUGGCGCUCGGCCAGUACCGGGCGGGGCGGCCCGAGCCCUCGCCUGACCCCGAGCAGCCUGCGGGGCGCGGCGCGCAGGGCCAGGGUGAGGUCACCGAGCAGCUGGCGCACCUGGUGCGGGCCCUCUGGACCCUGGAGUACACCCCGCAGCACAGCCGCGACUUCAAGAGUAUUGUGUCAAAGAAUGCACUGCAAUAUCGGGGGAAUUCCCAGCAUGAUGCCCAGGAGUUUCUGCUGUGGCUUUUGGACCGAGUUCAUGAAGACCUCAAUCAUGCUGUGAAGCAGAGCGGCCAGCCUCCUCUGAAGCCACCAUCAGAGACUGAUAUGAUGCCCGAGGGACCAUCUUUUCCUGUCUGUAGCACUUUCGUACAAGAACUUUUUCAAGCCCAGUACAGAUCUUCUUUGACAUGUCCUCAUUGCCAGAAGCAGAGCAACACUUUUGAUCCUUUCCUCUGCAUUUCUUUGCCAAUUCCACUACCCCACACAAGGCCUCUGUAUGUCACUGUAGUGUAUCAAGGGAAAUGUUCUCACUGCAUGCGGAUUGGUGUGGCCGUGCCUCUGUCUGGGACUGUCGCCAGACUUCGGGAAGCAGUGUCUAUGGAAACAAAGAUCCCCACUGAUCAGAUUGUGUUAACAGAAAUGUACUAUGAUGGGUUCCAUCGUUCCUUUUGUGACACAGACGACCUGGAAACAGUCCAUGAAAGCGACUGCAUUUUUGCCUUUGAGACUCCAGAAAUAUUUAGGCCUGAAGGAAUUCUCAGUCAAAGAGGAAUCCACUUAAACAACAACCUUAACCACUUGAAAUUUGGCUUGGAUCAUUAUAGACUGUCUUCUUCUACACAAGCAGCAGCAAAGCAGGGGAGAGCGGACUUAACCCCCACGACAGCAGGAAGCGACAAGAUUGUUCUGUUAGUGUGUAACCGAGCCUGCACUGGGCAGCAAGGGAAAAGAUUUGGACUACCUUUUGUGCUGCACUUAGAGAAGACAAUAGCAUGGGACCUUCUGCAGAGGGAAAUCUUGGAGAAGAUGAAGUAUUUCUUGAGGCCCACAGUUGGCAUUCAGGUGUGUCCAUUCAGUUUGCGAGUGGUCAGUGUCGUGGGAAUAACAUACUUGCUGCCCCAGGAGGAGCAGCCCCUGUGCCACCCAACAGUAGAAAGGGCACUAAAAUCUUGUGGACCAGGUGGCACUGCUCAUGUGAAAUUAGUGGUAGAAUGGGACAAGGAGACAAAAGAUUUCUUGUUUGUAAAUACCGAAGAUGAGUAUAUCCCUGAUGCAGAAAGUGUCCGGCUGCAAAGGGAGCGUCACCAUCAGCCUCAAACUUGCACUUUAUCCCAGUGUUUCCAACUCUACACCAAAGAGGAGCGGCUUGCCCCAGAUGACGCCUGGCGUUGCCCGCACUGUAAGCAGCUGCAGCAGGGGAGCAUUACCUUAAGCCUCUGGACUCUGCCUGAUGUGCUCAUUAUACAUCUAAAGAGAUUUCGACAGGAAGGAGACAAGCGUAUGAAACUUCAGAACAUGGUGAAGUUCCCUCUGACUGGCCUGGACAUGACACCUCACGUGGUUAAGAGAAGCCAGAGCAGCUGGAGUUUGCCAUCCCAUUGGUCUCCAUGGAGACGGCCCUACGGACUCGGGCGGGACCCUGAGGACUACAUCUAUGACCUGUAUGCUGUGUGCAAUCAUCACGGCACCAUGCAAGGGGGGCACUACACAGCAUACUGCAAGAACUCCGUGGACGGCCUCUGGUACUGCUUCGACGACAGUGACGUGCAGCAGCUGUCGGAAGACGAGGUCUGCACGCAGACGGCGUACAUCCUCUUCUACCAGAGGCGGACAGCUAUACCGUCAUGGUCGGCCAACAGCUCGGUGGCAGGCUCCACAAGUUCCUCCUUGUGUGAACACUGGGUGAGCCGUCUCCCGGGGAGCAAGCAGGCCAGCGUGACCUCUGCAGCUUCCUCCAGACGCACCUCCCUAGCCUCGCUGUCUGAGUCUGUGGAGAUGACUGGGGAAAGGAGUGAAGAUGAUGGAGGUUUCUCAACUCGACCGUUCGUGAGAAGCGUCCAGCGCCAGAGCUUGUCAUCCAGAUCUUCUGUCACCAGCCCCUUGGCCGUCAAUGAAAAUUGCAUCAGACCUUCCUGGUCCCUGUCUGCUAAGCUGCAGAUGCGUUCCAGUUCCCCUUCCCGCUUCUCAGGGGACUCUCCGAUUCACACCUCCGCCUCCACCUUGGAGAAGAUCGGGGAAGCAGUGGACGACAAGGUUUCCAUCUCUUGCUUUGGUAGCUUGAGGAACCUGUCCAGCAGUUACCAGGACUCAAGCGAUAGUCACAGUCGACGGGAGCACAAGGCUGUGGGUCGGGCCCCUCUGGCUGUCAUGGAAGGUGUGUUCAAAGACGAGUCAGACACCCGCAAGUUGAACUCCAGUGUUGUAGACACACAGAGCAAAAGCUCAGUACAAGGGGAUCCAUUGCCCCCCAUAUCGGGUCCAUUUGAUAACAAUAACCAGAUUGCUUAUGUGGAUCAGAGCGAUUCUGUAGACAGCUCUCCAGUCAAAGAGGUGAAACCUCCAAGCCAGCCAGACUCCCUCGCAAAGAAAUCGGAGAGCACAGCCAGCAGAUCCCCCGGCUCCAGAGGCGCUCCUGAGCCAAACAGAAGCUUGCGGAAGGGGAGGCCAGUCUUGGCCAGCCAGGAAUCAUCUCUUUCCAGUACAUCCCCUUCUUCUCCUGUUCCUGUAAAAGUUUCUGUAAAGCCCUCCCGCUCCCGAAGCAAAGCCGAUUCUUCUUCCAGGGCCAGUGGACGGCAUUCCUCCCCUGCCCGCCAAAAGGAGUCCUCCCCCAAGUCCCAGGACUCCGUGUCAUCUCCUUUGCUCCAGAAGCAGAAGUCAGCUUCUUCCCUCACUGACAGUGCUUCCUCCUCAUCCGCCAAAAAAGCCUCAGGCCCUGCCCCGAGGGGCCCCUUCCCUCCUGGGAAGAGCAGGACUUCAGACAGGAGCUUAAGCAGAGAGGGCUCCAGACAGAGCCUGGUUUCCGACAGAGCCAGCGUCACCUCCAGCCCCAAACCCAGUUCGCCUCGCGUGAGCCAGGCCAGAGCCGGGGACGGCAGGGGGGACGGAAAGCACGUCCGCAGCUCCUCCAUGGCCAGCCUGCGCUCCCCCAGCAUGAACAUGAAGGCCGGUCUGAAGAGGGACAGCAAGUCGGAGGACAAGGGGCUGUCCUUCUUCAAGUCAGCCUUGAGACAGAAGGAAACCCGGCGGUCAACGGAUCUUGGCAAGACAACCUUGUUGUCCAAGAAGGUGGGCGGGAGCUCAGUCAAGUCCGUCUCUAAGAGUGCAGUGGAUGACAAGGCAGAGAAAGGCUCCCAGGCGCUAGGCUCCCAGCAGCCAAAUGUGAAUGCAGUUGGAAAAGAGCAGCUUGCCUCCAAGGACCCUGCUUCUGUUAAACAUUCCCUGCUGUCCGCUCGCAAAUCCAAGUCUUCCCAGCUAGAUUCUGGAGUGCCCUCGUCUCCUGGUUGCAGGCAGUCUGCUGAGAAAUCCUCAAAAAAGUUACCUUCUAGCAUGCAAACCAAUGCACGGCCUUCUCAAAAACCUCAGUGAUAUUUCUGCAAUCCAAGUGUUUUAUCUGUAAAGAUGUUAAUUUAUUUAGAACCCCUUCCCUCCCACCAAAGCCCUCUAUGCUUUUGUUUUGUAUUUUUUGGGUCACGUGCCUGACGUACGUGUGUGUGUGUGUGUGUGUGUGUGUGUGUGUGUGUGUGUGUAGAAUUCAAUUGCAAAUUGUUAAAAGCAUCGCCUUAUUCUGCCAUUGAACCAAAUAACAGCCAUAGGCAAAGCAUUGAUACCCAGUUAACUGGAAUAAUUGCAGACGAUACCCUGGACGGUCCCUUUAGCAACUGUACAUAUUUCUUUCUAGAGAACUCUAAUGACUUUCGUUGGACACUAGGGAAUUGAAACCUGUGACCCAGUUAAGCUGUCGUUAGCGUGCUCUGUAGAAGGAUGAAUUAUUUGACUUGGGUCUCAUCUGAGCGGAAUUUGUCCUCACCGCGUGCGGAUUGUCGUGUGGCACCGGAAGCUCUAAAAACUGUGACACUAACAGUGAAACAAACCGAGGGAAGACUGUCGCUUUCUGCACUUUGGCCCCAUCUACCAGUCUUUGUAAAGGGCAAUAUUUUAACACUAAUGUUUCUCAGGUAUAUACUCAGCUAGUCUAGGAUGGGUGCGCACAUCCGUGAAAGGAUCGAAGAAGAAGGUGGCCUGUGGGUGGCUGUCAUUUCUCCUACUGCCACAGAUAGAAGUUUUUAGAGGUAGAAAUGAAGUCCUUCACCACCUUCAUAUCUGCAAAGAUGUCUGUACCAUAAGCUGUCUGGACCCUUGGGGUAGGUCCUAAGAGGUGGCAAACUGGAUAGCUGGAAAGCCAGUCGCUAGUCGUUAAAUUCUUUUUUUCCUUGUCAAUUUGCGAGCUGAGGUCAUUGGGAUUUUGAAGUGUAGUAGAGCAGUUAAUACCUUUGAAAGAGUCCUGGAGAAAAAAAUGGAUUCUAAACUGGAUGCAUAAAUCUGCCAUUUUCCUUCUCUGGUGUUGCUUUUUUCCACGUUAGAAGUUGAAAGCUCCACGCUGCACCAUGUGUGCAUGCCUUUGUUUCCUCAUCUUGUAAUUUGGAGAGGAAAGAAGUUGCCUAAUGCCAGCAGUUAGUGAUGGUAUGUUAGAACGAUGUGUGACAAAGUGUUAUAUGCACACUUCUGGUCCUGCCUGUCAGUCUUAGUUGUGACUGUUUUUCAGGAACUCAUUUAUUUCUUCUUUGUGCUGAAGAUUUAAUCUCUUACCCAGAAACUCACAAGCAGGAUGGAGCAUGUUCCAUCUGGCAUUGUCAGUGCAAGUUGCAUUUCUUGUUUAGCAAAAAAAGGGAACCUCACAGAAAUCCAAAGAUAAGCAAAAUUAUAUAUAUAUAUAUAUAUAAAAUUUCAGGCUUUUAGGAGGUAUUCUGGAAUUUUGUGCUUUUUUUUUUCUUUUUCACUUUUUUUAAAUGUCAAGAGAGUCAUAGUUCCAAUUCUCUUUGAAUAGCAUUUGUCACUUUGCCAUGAAAUACAGCAUGCUAAGUUUAUAUGCUUUUACAUAUUAACUUUUUUUUUAAGUCAUGGACUCUUCAGGUUCUUCCUGAACUCUGUGCACAGAUCCAUUUAUAAUCUCCCUUUUCAGUAUUGCUGUGUGAAGUGACUAUAACACAUAUUACAUGCUUAGCUAUGAAUUCUGCACUGCCCUGUCUUUUUUUUCCUUUCUUUUCUAUGAAUACCUCUUGGGAAAUGUUUCCAGUAAGUUACUUAACUUUAUUUUGCUGCUAAUUUGAGCAUUAGCAGGUAACUUGCAGGUCUGGAGGCCAUUUAUGUUGAGGGUCGCUGGAAUUUUAGACCCUUGCAGUGUUUAAGACCUACACGUUCAGCCUUGUGAGAGUUACACUAGUGCUCCAUGAAAUUCACUUACUGUGAGCCUGUCGCCCAUUGCACUCGAUCCUGACUCACCACUUUGCUUGGUGUCCUCGUUUCACCGUACAGACGUCUGGUUUCCCAAAGCAGCCUUACUCUCCCCUGCUGGGCUGUGACUGCCUUCGAUCUUGUUGUUGCGUCCAACGGCACAUUGAGAGCCUGAUCCAUGUAUAGCCACUUCGAGUUUUCCUGUAUCACUUUUAUUUCCUAAAAAGAUGCACCAAAUGUGGGGUUGUCAAUAUCCGGAAUUGAGUGUUUGUCUGACUCUCUCAUCUUUCUUUAAUAGGUAAAUCUCAUUUGAAAUCUCCUAUCUGAAGCUCUGAAACAGUCUUAGAAUCAUAGUUUGACUACACAGAGUGUUUUAAUAACACUUUUUUGGGGGCUGUAAACAGUUAAGCAUUAAUUAGAAUCUAGUUUAAUUUUCACAGUGGUAAGUAUUUUUACUCUUUGAGUCCUCCAGGAAUGGAUUUUCUGUUAUGUCUAGUGUCUUUAAGAGAAAAAACACAACAACUCUACGAACUCCAUUAAAUUUCCAUGGGAUCUAGAAAUAAAUUUUCUGUAUCUAUAAACUUAUGUCUAUGGAGUUUAGUUCUUGUUUCAGAUUUAAAUGGAAAAAAAAUCAGGAAAUAUUAUGGCACUGUUUAGGCAUCUUUAGGCUAUUAUAUUUCUGUGCUUGGUAAACAAUGAAAACUUCAUUCUUAAUUAUUAGGUUGCAACCUUUAAGCCACAGAAAAGGAUAUUUUGCCCCAAAGUUUGGAGGUGCUCUUUGUGGUGUGAAGUACCCUAUGGGAAAAUUAUGACUUGGUUCAGUUCAGUUCUUUGGUAGAGUUAGUGACUUGGUGUUUUGUUUUUUCUUUUCCCAGUGAUGUUUGGUACAAUGAGCUUGUAUGUGUUUUGGGGUUAAAAAUCACCUGCUGAGGAUGGUAGACCUGGGUUCCUGGUUGACAACCAGGUGGGCCUGAUGAGAGUAGUCAUUUCCUGGUAGGCACAAAAUAAUCACCAACAGUAGCGUUGCAUCUGUAAUGUUUGUUUGCUUUUAAAAAACUUUAUUCUUGAUUUCUUUUCCUAUAAACAUCGAGUGCACUGAGUCUGUAUCAUUCCGUAGGACAGCCCUACACCUUGCCUUUGUAAUCCCUUAUAUAAUGUGGAAGCACAAAGAAACUGUUAAGCUCAUAUCAUCUCAAGACCGUCUCCCACCUUUUUCGUAUUUUCUUAUCCUAAAAGCAGCCUAACUGAAAGUAAGUAAUGCUCCUCUGGACCAAUAGAGAUGUGGGAGUAUUUGUGACAUGGUAAAAUAUUGUUAACGUCUGUGAGGCUGCUCUGACCUCUUCUGUAAUCAUUCUUUCGUCAUUCAUUCGUUCAUUUAUUCAUUCUGCAAACAUUCGUUGAGGGCCUGCUUUGCUUGUAAAGGCAAGCUGAGAGCUUCGAGAGUUUGCUGUAGCUGAGGAGCCCUGGGAGCACAGCUGAUGAACCAGAGGAUGCCAGUGAUGUCCUAGAUGGAGCGACAGUCCUCCCAACAGAAAGAUCAAGUGGAUCCUGGUGAUCAGCUGAGCCUGUGGGCCUCGUGAGCAAGUCUGUUCUGUUCUGGAAACCAAAAGUGGCCUUCUUCAUCUUUGGAGACAUUUUAUUGUCACAUCCUCUUUUUCAGACUGUGCUGUCUCUACUACUUAGGGAUGUGGAAAUCCAUGACAGAGUCACUUUUCAUUAGAAUUCGGUCGUCUGCAUUUGUAUGAGCUGGAUGUGGGGAUUUUGGAGGGUGGGUGGGGAGAGAAAUUGUCAUCCCUCUAAAGUACCUGUCAUGAAAAAACAGGAGCAGAACGUGAAGGAAACAGGUGGCAGCCUUUAGGAAAAAAGGAACAGAGAAGAGCUGUGAACAAAGCUCAUUUUUUUCAAAUAAACAUGCUUUAAAAAGUAGAUU